GGUGUUUUAGUGCGACAAUAAAUACGGAAGGACCCCGCGCCAAGAAGCUGCAGAGGAGGAGACGGAAGACGGCGGUGGUAGUACUGUGUCCACGAUUGGUCGUCAACCGAUUUAUGUGCACGUUCCCGCUCUUCCACCGCCUUCAUGUCGGUCAGCGAACUCUUCAGCACGGUGCAAGCCUCACUAGCUGCCGAUCAGGAAGUCAGGGAGGAAAUCAGAAAAGUAGUUCAAGUCCUUGAACAAACAGCUCGUGAGAUUCUCACCCUGCUACAGACUGUCCAUCAGAUGUCUGGCUUUAAAGAAAUGCCAAACAAAUGUCAAAAAGCACGAGAACAUUUUGACACUGUGAAAACACAUCUGGCAGAGCUGAAAGCGAAGUUCCCUGCAGAUCAAUACUACAGGUUCAAUGAGCACUGGAGGUUUGUUCUGCAGCGUCUGAUCUUCCUGGCUGCGUUUGUGGUGUACCUGGAGUCGGAGACCUUGGUGACGCGCGAAGGUGUUGCAGAAAUACUGGGAAUUGAAGUGCACCGAGAUAAAGGCUUCCAUCUCGAUAUUGAGGAUUACCUUUCAGGACUCUUGAUUCUAGCUAAUGAACUGUCAAGGCUCGCUCUGAACAGCGUCACUGCUGGCGAUUACUCCCGUCCCCUCCGCAUCUCUUCCUUUAUCAACGAGCUGGAUUCUGGUUUCCGUCUGCUCAACCUAAAGAAUGACUCCCUACGGAAGCGCUAUGAUGGCCUGAAGUAUGACGUGAAGAAGAUAGAAGAAGUGGUGUACGAUCUAUCGAUACGUGGGCUGGGGAAAGGGGAUGAGCCCAGCGGGGGCACAGUUGCAGGAAAGUAACUUCCGUUGUAGGCUUGAGGAUUUGCUGGGAAGGAAGGAAGUUACCGGUUGAUGGUGUUUUUGAUGGAAAAAUGGUGAUGUGUUCUUUUUUAUCUUGAUUAUGGCUUAUGGUAAAGUGAAAUAAUUUUGGGAUCUGAAGUUUAAAGAGCUGUAACUUCCUUCAGUGUGGUCAGUAUUAUGCUGAUUUGUGCAGCCUUGUCUGUCGGUGCUGAGCUGAGCUCUUAUGCUGAUUUACAACAUAAUCCAGCACUCACCACCACGUUUGUGCUCAGCCGUUUACUUUUCGGUUUGCCUUUUGAUACCUGCAAACAAAAUAAAAACCAAAUAUUCCUGCA